AUGGCAAGAUCGGGCACUACUGAGCUUCGCACACCAGUUUUCAAUAGAGAAAACUAUGAGUUCUGGAGCAUUCGAAUGAAAACAAUACUGAAAUCUCAUGGAUUAUGGGAUCUAGUUGAACAUGGCUUCGAUGCUUCAGAUCCAAAGAAGAAGAAGGAGAUAGAAGAGACUAAGGUUGUUGAGAAGUCUACGAUGUCUGAGCUUCUGAUGAAGCAGGCUCGUGCACUUGGAUUGAUCCAAAGUGCUGUCUCAGAUCAGCUAUUCCGCAGAAUUGUGAACAAGGAGACCUCAAAGGGUGCUUGGGAUAUUCUGAAGCUGGAAUUCAGAGGAGAUAAACAGGUACGAAAUGUAAAAUUGCAAGGAUUGCGUAGAGAAUUUGAAUAUACUCGCAUGAAAGACAGUGAAUCCCUAUCUGUAUAUCUUGCUAGAUUGUUUGAUAUUUUGAAUCACAUGAAGAGUUAUGGUGAGGAACUAUCUAGGGAGAGAGUUGUGCAGAAAUUACUAUUUAGUUUGCCAAAAUCAUAUGAUUCCAUCUGCUCUAUUAUUGAACAUUCCAAGAAUCUUGAGACUCUUGAAAUUCAAGAAGUAGUUGCUUCUCUGAAGGGCUUUGAGCUCAGAUUGGAUCGACACAAUGAGAACUCUACAUAA